AUGCCCCAGAGAACUCAGGAUAUGGUACGUGCUGAGGCCCUAGCCAAAAGGAAGUAUGUAUGCAGCCAGUGUGAUAAGGCGUUUACGACGAGUGGGCAUCUCAGACGGCAUAUAAAAGUCCAUACAGGCGACAAGCCUUUUAUAUGCCCAUAUCCAAAAUGCUAUAAGAAAUGCAACAGGGACGACAAUCUCGUGCAACAUUUUCAGGUUCAUCUGCCGAAAGAAGAUAGAAAACGGGGCCAGAUCUAUAUCCGAGAUGCGAUCAUUGCAAUGCGUCAGGCGACAGACGUGUCAAGUGCAGUGCUACUGCUAGCGGGACUGCCCCUCCCAAUCGCUCCAGCAAGUGACAUAGAGAGUGGGGGUGAUUUAGAGAGAGGAGAGGAAUCAGCACAGAGUAGCGUGUAUGUGACUGCGGGGCAAGUCCUAUCCGUUGGAAUCCCUUCACCUGACAGCUUGAACGAAAAAAGAGGUCACGAAGACAGUAUGUUUUUUUUUGCCCAUGAGGCCUUUUUCAUCCAACUGACUAUGCAGAUGAACCUACAUCUCGAAAGCGCCGUCGAAUUGACUCAUUAUCACUGGUAA